AUGUAUAAAAAUGGUUGUGCAAUUGAAAGAAUACUAAGACAUAAAUUAUGCAAAAAUGACUUUGAUAAUUUACUAUUUUGGUCUGAUUCCAUUUGUCAUUUAGAUAAUGAGAAACCACAAUUUAAACAUUUUAUUAUUGGACAAGAAUGGUUAUAUACAAUGAAUCAUCCACAAAGACAAUUAGAUUGUAGAAUACAUUUCAAUUCUAUUUUAGAUAUUGAAUGUAUUGGAGAUUUAGCAAUGUUUCUAACAUGUCAAAUAACACGAAAUUAUAAUCAUAUUUGUGUGAAAUUUAUCAAUAAACAGAUUCAACAACAACAACGAAAAACCGUUAAAUCUAUUAAGAAUACUAAACAAAAUGUCAAGGCAACCAACUGACAACAGAACUCAGAAAAACAACGAAAUGCUUAUUUGUUUUUCUUUCAUUGUGAAUAUGACUGUACAAGACACUUGGAUUUCUUUGGCAAAAUAACAUCUGUCACUUCAUUAAUCAAACAACUAGUUCAAUGCUUCAUUUUAUUAUGUUAGAAGACAGUUGUUUAAUGCUUCCUAGUUUUAACGGAUUGCCCAGAGUAAAUUUUCAGUUGAAUUCAAUUGAGAAUUUUAAUAUUCAAUACAGUUUACAGAUAAAAUAGAAAAAGUCGAGAAGAAAUGUGCUAUCAUAGAUGAUGUGAAUAUUGAUCAACAAACUGGGAUAUUAACCUCUAAAGUUACAGAAAAUGAUCAUGAUCCAGUUAUGAGUGUCAUUCGAAAAUUACACAUCUAUUUAACCGAUAGAAAUUUUAUUGGAUAUGAUAUUUUACAAAAAUCAAUAAAUGGAUGGUAUUAUUCUAAUAAACAAUUCAAACAUAUGAUUACAAAUUUAAUGAAUUUAACACAUUUUCAAUUAUACCAAACAUCAUCAAUCAAACAAUCCCUUUCAUCAUCAUCAUCAUCAUCAUCCUCACCAUCCUUAGAAGAAGAUAAUAUUGAAAGAUUAAUUGCUAAGGCAACUAGAAAGAAUACAAUAAUCUAUUCAACAACAGCGGAUAAUGAAGAUUUACAACAAUUAAUGAAUAUGUUUAAACCAUUCUGUAAAAAUGUUACCAUGGAUACAAGUAAUACUCAAAUGAACAAUCAUAUGGAUACAUUCACUAUAUAUAUAAAUAAAUUAGAUCAUUGGAUUAAUAAAACUAAAAUGAUCAAUGAAUUCAUACAUAAAAAACAGAACAAUUUAAAUAUUAUCCAUCUUAUAAAUGAACAAUUAAAUCAAUUAGAUCAUAAUUUAACAAUCAUUUUGGAUAAAUAUCCUUUAGAUGUUUGUAUAAGAUUAUCUAAUCAACUGAUUACAAUUAUGGAGCUUCUUUUAACUCAAGUAACAUUUACAUUGCCGGCUCAACCAAUUUGUCUUGGAAACAAAGAAACACAAAUAUGCGUUGAACUAGAAGACCGUGAUAAACACAUCAUAGGAACUCAAUCAAGGCAAACAACAAGUCAUCGCAUGAAACUGGUCAUUCAUUUAAUGAAAAUAAUCAAUUUAUUACUAUCAUACAUUUUGCCAAUAUUUACACAAUCCAAUAGAAAUCUUAGUCUACAGAAUAAGGAUAAAAUCACAAUAACUGUGAAUGAGAAAGUUAUGAGAAAAAAACUGGAAAACGUUAUUUCACAUCUCAUUGAACACUUAGUACAGUUACCAUGUGUAAUUGAUGACUUCUCUUUAGAUGUAUUAUAUAAGGAAAGUACUCAACAGCCUAAUUGUUUUCAAAUUGAAUUGGAGACAUGGAUUCAAAGAUAUGAAAUGGAAAGAUUAGAUAUAAUGAGUAAAGAAUAUGUCCAUGUUGAUCAAUGGUUACAAGAUAUUUCAAAAAAUGAUCCAUAUGCAAUCACAGUAUCAACAAUCAGAAGUAUUUUCAAUGAUCAUCCUGAAAUUGGUAUUUUCAUACAUCAAUUCAAUGAUCAAAUUAAUUGUUUCUUUUCUGAACUUAUAUUAAACACAUCACAUUUAUCAAUCAUAUUGAAUAGAACAAACAAUCUCAAUGGAAUUGUUCAUCAAGAUGAUUGGAUAAAACUUAUCAUUCAUAAUAUGAUUAUCAUGAAAUCAAAUAAAUCAAUAAUCUAUUUAUUAAAUUGUCUAUUAGCUCAUGCAUCUACAACAUUUAAUAUAAUGAAUUCAAAAAAACUAACCAAUACUACUCAUACUACUAAUGUUAACACUACUACUCAUACUACUCAUACUACUAAUGCUAACACUAAUACUCAUACUACUCAUUCUACUAAUGCUAACACUACUACUCAUAAUACUACUACUAAUACUACUAGUGCUAACACUAAUACUCAUACUACUACUACUACUACUACUACUACUACUACUACUACUACUACUACUACUACUAGUAGUAGUAGUAGUAGUAGUAGUAGUAGUAGUAGUAAUAUGGAACAUAAAGAAGAAUCUAUAUCCACAAUUAUUCGAUCAUUAUUUAUUAUAGAUUGGUUCACUGAACAAUAUCCAUAUUUAAUUGAUACAUUAAUAAAUAUAGAUUAUAAAGAUUUACUUUAUAUUUUCAAUAUAAAUAGUAUUAUAUCUAUAACAGAUAAAUUCAAUGAAAUAUCUCCAAUGAAUUUAAUACAAAUCAAGUUGAUUAAAUGUAUUCUAAUUGCAUUAAUAAGUCGAUUAUAUGAGAAACUUAAUAUUAUCAGUGAAAUUUCAUAAACAAUGUUACAUAACGAGUAAUGAUUUGAUCAAGUACAAUGAGAACAAUGUACAUAAUUAAUUUCUUAAAAUGAUAUAUAUCUGACAUUGAAUCGUAUCUUGAAGAGUAACUUAGUUGAUUAGGUAUAUCUAUCAGUUAUAAGUACUUAAUUGUAUUGUGUUGUGUUGUGUUGUAUUGUAAAUCUUUUCACAUAGUAAAUAUACUGAUUCAUUGAUAUUCAGUAGUGUAAAGUUCAGUUUACACAGAUCUGGGAAGCUGGGAGAACCAGUUCCCUCAAGAUUACAGGUAUAUCUUACUGACGAGUAUGGCAAGUGGCACGAAACCCGAGUCCAGGGUUUCCUGUUGACCACCUCCAGCCACCAUCUUAUCUCAACAUAGUGCACGCAGUGUCGUGUCACCAAGACUGGUGGUCACAUUGCAACUUGGUCGGUAGCAUUCGAUCUGCACUAAGAAGGACUUUUGCACCACUUUUCCUAACCUUCGAAUAAUAACUUAAAGCAAAGACCGAAUACAUAGAAGCAAAUAAGAGAGAGAAAAGGAGCAUUAGAGCUAACACUCAGAAAUACGUGGAAGACAUGAAAACGAUAGCGGAAAUGCAAGACAAAUACAUGAC